UUGUUUGUUGGAUUAUAGUUUUCUAACCAAAUCCAAAAUUGUGUUUUGCAUAAAGUUAGCCGGAUGAUUUUUUAUUUUCAAUUUUUUACACUUCUCAAGGGGUCCAAUCGAAACGCAAUCGUUUGUUGGAUACGAAUAUAGCAAUUAAAACAUUUGUUGGAUUACGGUUUGUUCAAAAAACUGAAAAAAAAAAAUUCCGCCGUUCAGCCGGGGGUCAGCACCGUCGGUUAUAAUCCGGCGUGACGUUAGCCAGUUGAUAUAUACGGUUUUGACGUUCCUCCGUAUGUCUUAAAAACGCUAUUAUUUUCUAAUCCGUUUGAUCGGUUUUAUCAUCUGCAUCUAAUCGACGCUCUUCUAAUCAACAACCAAUCUUUUGUCGGUGUUAGCAGAGUUCUAAUUUCGACCUUAAGAAAAAUUCUACAAUGUACUACGAAGCUCUCCUUUCAGAAUUAUCCUGCCGAAUUUCGGAGCGAGAGGAUAUGUACGUCUAUGAAAAAUUAGAUAUAUGUACAGAAAUGUUACACAUCAAAUUGAUAUACACGUAUCCAUUACGUAUAAAAAUAUUGGAUAGACUGCAGCUUCAAUGGAAGUUACUACGUAGAACAGUUUACAUGUGCAGGAUGUUUCAGGCUGACUGCGACAGAUUUCGGGCACAGAUUUUCCGGGGAAUCCCCAAACGAAAAGUCCUUUGCCAAAAACUCCUGCAACAGAUAGUUUCCGAGUUACAGAAUACUCAAGGUAACCAAUCACGAUGCUCAAAUGUUCGUGUACAAAGACUGCGUGCUCUGACACAUCCAAGCUGGCGGUGCCUGGGUCGCGUAGAAGCUCUGUGAUAGGUCAACUUGAAUUUCUGCGCAGGAAGUGGUGAGCCGGAAAUAGAUUAUUUUGAUGUGUUCCGAAAAUAAAUCACGAAAAUUGGGCAAA